AUGAAGCUCGCAGUCCUCACGUCGGGCGGCGAUAGCGCCGGCAUGAAUGCUGUCGUCCGUGCCAUCGUCAAGAUCGGCAUCUUGAGAGGCUGCGAAACAUGGAUCGUACGGGAGGGAUAUGAGGGACUUGUCAGGGGCAACACGCAGGCGCAUACGGCUCACAUAGAUCUUCCAGCUGAUGCUUCUGCACAAACAUGUGCCCAUAGAGGAGUACCCACCAAUCUUAUGCAGAACCUCCGAUUUGGAGAUGGUGACCUUCUACGAGAUGGAACGGGCGAUCACCACCAUGGUCGCACGUUGAAAGGUCGUUAUAUCGUUCGCGUGGGGUGGGAUGAUGUCAGAGGUUGGUUUGCUGAGGGUGGUACUCUCAUCGGAACAGCUCGCUCCGCAGUCUUUCGUACGCCCGAAGGUCGUCUAUCCGCUGCUCAUAACCUCAUUAAAGAGGGAAUCGACGCUCUUGCCGUCUGUGGAGGUGACGGUUCCCUAACCGGUGCCGACCUAUUUCGGUCCGAAUGGCCUUCCCUCGUAGCACAGCUACUCGCUCAGGGUAAGAUCACAGAAGAGCAGGCAGAGAAGCACGGACAUCUCAGGAUCGUUGGACUUGUUGGCUCGAUUGACAAUGAUAUGAGCAUGACAGAUCUGACUAUCGGUGCACCGACGGCGUUACAUCGUAUUUGCGAAGCUAUCGAUAAUAUCAAUUCAACCGCUGCAAGUCAUUCGCGUGCAUUUGUGUUGGAGGUGAUGGGGAGACACUGUGGUUGGCUGGCUUUGCUGGCUGGUGUCAGUUCUGGAGCAGACUUCAUCUUUAUCCCUGAGCGCCCGCCCAUAACUGCCCCUGGGGGAACCUGGGAGGAUGAUAUGUGUGAAGCCAUUCAUGGCCACAGAGAAGCUGGCAAGCGCAAGACAAUCGUCAUUGUUGCCGAAGGUGCGCUCGAUGCGGAUCUACAGCCUAUCCGCGCGGAAUACGUCAAAGAAGUCCUCACUGAGCGUCUUGGGCUCGACACGCGUGUCACAACUCUUGGACACACCCAGCGUGGUGGGAGGCCUUGCGCUUUCGAUCGAAUUUUGCCGACAUUACAAGGCAAGGAGGCCGUCAGUGCGCUCUUGGAGGCUACGCCCGACACUCCUUCGUACAUGAUUGGCGUAAGGGAGAAUAAAAUAACUCGUGUGCCACUCAUGGAGGCGGUAGCGAUGACUCGUGCGGUAGCUGAAGCCAUCGCCGCGAAGGACUUUGCAAAGGCAAUUUCCAUGCGUGACCCCGAGUUUCUCCAGAGCUUGGAGGGUUUCUUUGCUACUUCGACGCUUUUCAAAGAGAAGCAACUGCCCCAUCACAGUAGAAUGCGUGUUGCAAUGUUGCACAUGGGUGCCCCAGCUGGCGGCAUGAAUGCGGCUACCCGAGCUGCAGUACGUUACUGCAUCAAGCAAGGUCACCGCCCACUUGCAGUCCACAACGGCUUCCGCGGUCUGCUCGACGACAACAUCCACGAGCUCUCCUGGCUCGGUGUCGAUGCUUGGACUUCCCGCGGCGGUUCUGAGCUCGGCACAAACCGUACCCUCCCAGACGUCGACCUUGGCGCAGUAGCUGCACGCUUCCAGGAGCACAACUUCCACGCACUGAUGAUAAUCGGUGGAUUCGAGGCGUUCAACGCGCUACUGAUCCUUGAGAACGGGAGGAAGCAUUACCCUGCGUUCCACAUCCCAAUGGUUCAUCUCCCAGCUACGAUCUCAAACAACGUGCCGAUGACGGAGUUCAGCUUGGGCAGCGAUACGAGUUUGAAUGCGCUUGUUGAUGCGUGCGACUCGAUCAAACAGAGCGCGAGCGCAAGUAGGAAUCGGGUGUUCGUCGUCGAGACGCAAGGUGGCAAGUGUGGGUACCUUGCGACCAUGGGCGCGUUGGCGACUGGUGCCAGCAUCGUCUACACUCCAGAGGAUGGCAUGAACCUUGACACGCUUCGCCAGGACGUCAAAUUCCUGAAGAUCCGUUAUGGUUUAGAUGCCAAGGGCAAAAGUGAAGGUCGUCUAGUUAUUCGCAACGAAUGCGCAUCGACGGUCUACACCACUGAUGUGGUCAUGAAGAUAUUCAAGGAAGAAGGCGGUAACCUCUUCGAUUCGCGUUCGGCAUCCCUCGGGCAUACUCUGCAGGGUGGGAUCCCAUCACCCAUAGAUCGUGCACGUGCUGCGCGUCUCUCGCUGCGAUGUAUGGCAUUCCUCGAGGAACAUCACGAUGCCCUACAGAAACAAGUUGGCAAAGAGAAGCAGGCGCCACCUGAAAGUGCAGCAGUGAUUACGAUACAAAAGUCUGCUCUGAAAUGGGUGCCGGUCCAGGAUAUGGUGCAGCAUGCAGAUAUGAAGAAUCGCAGAGGAAAGACAGCUCCAUGGGCGGGGAUCAAGGACCUUGUUGAGGCGCUUGUUGGAAGGCCUGACCUGUUGUGA